AUGGCAGACUCUGCGUCGUCGUUUUCUCUGACGGUCUUUUCAUCGUCGGGGAAGUUGAAUCAACUUGAGUAUGCACUAAAAGCGGUGCAAGCGGGUGCUACUGCGCUUGGUAUUCGCGCAAAAAACGGUUGCGUUAUCGCCACGGAGAAGCGACUGCCUUCGGCGCUCGCGGAUGCGCGAACCAUUCGAAAGGUAGAGGCAAUCACUGCCGAGAUUGGAGCGGUAUAUGCUGGAAUGGGACCAGAUUAUCGGAUCAUGGUCAAGAAAGCUCGCAACGCUGCACAGAAAUAUUAUCAAGUGUACCGCGAGUCGAUACCGGUUCACCAACUGGUUCGCGAGGUGGCCACUGUGAUGCAGGAGUUCACGCAGUCGGGCGGGGUGCGUCCCUUCGGCAUGAGCAUGCUGAUCGCCGGUCACGACGAGGAAGGCCCACAACUAGCUCAAGUGGAUCCUAGUGGUAGCUUCUUUUUCUGGAAAGCAACGGCGAUCGGCAAAAACAUGGUGAACGCGAAAACUUUUUUGGAAAAGCGCUAUCAGGACGACGUAGAGCUGGAGGAUGCGAUACACAUGGCGAUUCUCACUUUGAAAGAAGGAUUCGAUGGAAAAAUGAUGGAGCAUAACAUUGAGAUCGGCGUCGUUGGCGCUGAACGUCGUUUCCGGGCAUUGACACCCGCCGAGAUUCGUGACUACCUGGGCGAGGUCGAGUGA